AUGCAAGAUGACGAGGAUGUUGUGAUGCAGAUGCAAGGAUCUUUCCGAAAACACUACACAAUGCCCAACGUUAUGAUUGAUCAGCAGCAAUCCUUAGACCGCUCAGACAAAAGUCAACGUCGUGUUACAUUUUCUAGGGUUGUCAUUCUCAACCAUUCGAGUGUAUUUGUUAUCGUACAAAAUGACGAUUUACCACAAAGAGGGCUAGUCCGUCGUAUCAGUGAACGGUCCAAGGAGCUCAAACUAUAG